AUGGAGGCGGCCGGCACCUGGGCUCUGCUGCUGCUGCUGCUGCUGCUACUGCUGCUGACGCUGGCGCUGCCCGGGACCCGGGUCCAUGGCCACCUGCCCCCGGGGCCCCUGCCACUGCCGCUGCUGGGGAACUUGCUGCAGCUCCGUCCUGGGGCUCUGUACGCCGGACUCAUGCGGCUGAGUAAGAAGUACGGGCCUGUGUUCACCGUGCACCUGGGUCCCUGGCGGCGUGUGGUGGUCCUGGUUGGACAUGAGGCUGUACAGGAGGCCUUGGGAGGUCAUGCAGAGGAAUUCAGCGGGCGGGGAAAGUUGGCCACGCUGGACCAGACUUUUGAUGGCCACGGGGUCUUCUUUGCCAAUGGGGAGCGAUGGAGGCAGCUGAGGAAAUUCACCAUGCUUGCUCUGCGGGACGGGGGUAUGGGGAAGCGAGAAGGCGAGGAGCUGAUCCAGGCGGAGGUCCAGUGUGUGGUGGAGGCGUUCCAGAAGACAGAAGGACGUCCAUUUGACCCCUCCCUGCUGCUGGCCCAGGCUACCUCCAAUGUCGUCUGUUCCCUCAUCUUUGGCCUCCGCUUCCCCUAUGAGGAUAAGGAGUUCCAGGCUGUGGUCCAAGCAGCAAGUGGUACCCUGCUAGGGAUCAGCUCCCCGUGGGGCCAGACCUACGAGAUGUUCUCCCGACUCCUGCAGCCCCUCCCGGGGCCCCACACCCAGCUCCAACGCCACCUGGGCACCCUGGCUACCUUCGCCAUCCAGCAGGUCCAGCGGCACCGGGAAGGCCUGGACACCUCAGGUCCUGCACGUGAUGUUGUUGACGCCUUCCUGCUGAAGAUGGCACAGGAGGAACAAGACCCAAACACAGAAUUCACUGAGAAGAACCUGCUAAUGACGGUCACUUAUCUGCUGUUUGCUGGGACAGUGACCAUCAGCGCCACCAUCCGCUAUGCCCUCCUACUCCUGCUGAAAUAUCCUCAGGUCCAAAAGCGUGUGCAGGAGGAGCUGACAAGGGAGCUGGCUGGCCGGUCACCAAGCCUGGGGGACCGUGCCCGCCUCCCUUACACCGACGCCGUUCUGCAUGAGACACAGCGGCUGCUCGCACUGGUGCCCAUGGGGAUGCCCCGUGUCCUCACUAGGACCACUUGCUUCCGAGGGUACACCCUGCCCCAGGGCACCGAGAUCUUCCCUCUCCUGGGCUCUGUCCUGCAUGACCCUGAAGUCUUCAAGCAGCCAGAGGAAUUCGACCCAGACCGCUUCCUGGAUGCUGAUGAAAGGCUCAGGAAACAUGAGGCGUUCCUGCCCUUCUCCUUAGGUAAGCGCGUCUGCCUUGGAGAGGGCCUGGUGCGAGCGGAGCUCUUCCUCUUCUUCACUGCCAUCCUGCAGGCCUUCUCCUUGGAGAGCCCGUGCCCACCAGAUGCUCUGAGCCUCCACCCAGCUGUCAGUGGUCUUUUCAACAUCCCUCCAGCCUUCCAGCUGCAGGUCCAGCCAGCUGACCUCCACCCCACUGUGCAGACCUGA